AUGGCGCCGAAGAGCUUUGUCCUCACCGCUCUGCUCAUCGUAGUCGUCGUCUCCGCCGGCCAGCUGCCCCGCGGUGCGGCGGGCCGGGUUGGGGGCGAGCCCCAACACCAACACCAGCUUCGUCGUCUCCGGCAUCGUGCCAUGCGCCACCGGGCCGGGAACUCCAUCAACCUAGCCACGGUCCCGUCGUUCCCCACCAAAGCAGUGCCAGCAGGGAUCUGGUCGCCGCCAUUCUGGGCAACACACCUGUGCAAGGUGGUCGUGGCCACCCCGCUGGGCGCGUGCGACAAGUCCCUGGCCGGAGCCACCGGGACGCUGUCGGCGCCGCUGAAGCUCCUGGACAUCACCACGGGCAGCGGCAGCGGCAGCGACCUCGGCGGCCUCAUCGGCGGGAUCAUCGGUCUCGUUGGGCAGAUCCUCGGCGGCCUCAUUGGCGGCAUCCUCAACCUCGGCACCCAGCCUUUCUCAUUCGUCUAA